GAGCACCUCAGCGGAGUCCCAGCUUUUCAGGAGCACCUCUGUUCAGCUGCUGGAGAAGUUUAGCCCAGACCUUUUUUCAAAUUCUCAAACUUCCUUUUUUUCUCUCUUCCCUCCUUGCUUUUAUAGUUUAUUAAAAGAGGCUGCAACGAAAAAAACCCAGAGAGAGAAAAAUGAUCACCCUGAUAUCCAUCGCUUUGCUUUCCCUGAGCCUGGCCGACAGCUGGCCGAGUCCAGUCUACGUUUCAGAUGAACCCCACCUCACUGUAGUUGCGAGCCAGCCCAAAGUCAUCACAUUCCGAGGUGGCAAUGCCACCUUGCCCUGCAGGCUGGACCGUGACAUCGAGGACGCCUUCGGCGGCAGCACCAUGAGGAUCAAGUGGACCAAGCUCUCGCCGGACUUCUCUAAAGAGAUCGACGUGCUGGUGUCCAUGGGCUUCCACAAGAAGAUGUACAACGGUUACAACGGCCGCGUGCACCUGCAGGAGUCCGACGAGAACGACGCCUCUCUGGUCUUCACCGAGGUCAGGCUGGAGGACGUCGGAAAAUACAAGUGCGAGGUCAUCGACGGGAUGGAUGACGCUACUGAUGUGGUGUCCCUUGAGCUCACAGGUGUAGUCUUCCCUUACUCCCCACGACUGGGCCGCUACAACCUGAACUACCAUGACGCUGAGGCGGCCUGUCUGGAGCAAGACUCUGUGGUGGCCAACUUCGACCAGCUGUAUGAGGCCUGGAAGGGCGGCUUCGACUGGUGCAAUGCAGGCUGGCUGAAUGACGGCUCCGUGCAGUACCCCAUCACCACCCCACGUGGACCUUGUGGAGGCAACAACACCGUCCCCGGCCUGAGGAACUACGGCCUGCGUGACAAGACCAAGAGCCGCUACGAUGUCUUCUGCUUCACCUCCAACUUCAAAGGGCGGUUCUACUACUUGAACAACGGCUUCAACAUGACAAAGUUCACAUACGACGAGGCUGCCCAGGCAUGUGAGAAUGAUGGUUCUCAGAUCGCCAAGGUGGGGCAGAUGUUCGCCGCGUGGAAGCUCCUGGGCUUCGACAGAUGCGACGCAGGCUGGUUGGCUGACGGCAGUGUGCGUUACCCCAUCUCCAACCCCAGGAGGCGCUGCAGCCCUACCGAGGCAGCUGUCCGCUUCAUCGGCUUCCCAGACAAGAAGCAUAAGCUGUUCGGUGUCUACUGCUUCCAGGCCUUCGACUGAGAGGAGAACGAUGCUCGAGAAUUGAUCUUUUUUUUUUACAACGAAAAAAAAAUGCAAAAACACACGUGGGACUAACUCUUUAAUUAAGCAUGAACUCAAUAAGUUACCAAAACUGUGAUAUCCUUGUUACUUAAAACUGUUAUGACCAACAACAAAAAAAACACUUUCAUACUGAACUGACAAAAGAUUACGUCCAGAUGAAAUGUAACAAUUGCAGUGCUAACAAUUCUUAGCUUUUUUUAUGCGCAAUUUCAUUGGGAACUUUUAUACACAUUGUUACUGCAGAAAUUGUGAAGGAAAAUUGUGGGGGGAGUACAUGCAACCAGUAAAGGGUUGGUUCUUUACAGAUCAAUUGGCCAUGCAAAAGAUUAAAGAAACUGCUUAGGUGGGUAAGACGGUAAAGCUUCUCAAAGAAAAAAAUGAUACUUUUUGGCACUUGUGGAUAGAUUCUAAUCGUUUGUUUUUAAUUUUUCUUUACUUGUGUCUAAAAUCUGACAAACUGACCAAAGCAGACCAUGAAGUGUCAUGAGGGGUCAACAAUGAAGCCAUCAAUGCCAAAUAUGGGAAUUGAGUUGAAGUGCACCUGCAAAUCAAUAAUUACAAACCUAAUACCAUUAGAACCUAAUGACUUGUAUUUUGUCUUCUAAAAUGCUGACAGUUCAAAAUAGUGCAAUGACUAAUAGUACCAAGUUUGUAAUUAUUGGUUAGCAGGCAAAUAUCAUGGAAAUUGAAUCCUGGGUCAGGAGAUGUCUCUAAUGAGCUUUUGACUGAUUAAAAGGGAUAUUUCUGGGCAAACUUGGCUCAGCAUCCACUUCUGACAAGUAAUGCAAAUAAAAAAGGGCUAUCAUCUCACCAAACCGCAACUUCCUCUGGGUGCAAGACUGCAUUGCAAUCAUGCCUAGGAAUUUUAUUUUUUGAAAAUGUAAAAUGAAUGUAUAUGGACCAUGUAUAGACAAAUAUAUAAUCAAAGAAGACAUCAUUUGUAUUAAUAGAAUAUUAUAGCCUUUCAUCCUGUAUGAAAAUAGAGUACCACAUUUUUAUAUCAAUGUUUUCUUAUUGUUGCGACUGUUGUACUAAAAAAAAGCUGCAACUCCUUUGUUUGAGUUUCAUCAGAAAGAUGCUUUGCUUAUCUUUGCUAAAGUUGCCAAAACAGUCAAUAUUAGAUGGACCUCUUGCAUUAAACCCUCUUGAAAGUGGAGACACAAGCUAAUAUCACUCAUUAUAUGGCAGCAUUAAAGCCCAAUGACCACCAAGUGACACGCUUUGCACUGGGAAUGAUUAGACCCAAGUGACCUUCUGAUCUUGGUAACAAACAGUAGAAAGCUGACAAAUGAUUUAACUUAGAAAUGAUUUCACGACACCUGUUGAUGGUACAACAAAGUAAAAGAAAGAAGAAUUGACUAAUAUCUUCACCCUCCAGGGACCCAGUUGCAAAUAUGCAACAGUGGCAAAAAAAAAAACAUAAUACAGUAAAGUGAUUAGCAAUUAUCAGCUACUAACUGUAUAUUAAUUCCUGAGACCCUUAGUACAAGGAGUACAACUUUUGAGCACUUUUAACGCGGGGUCUGACUGACUUUCACUCAGUGUGGUAAAAUGGAAUUGAGAAGGAAAUCAUACUCAAAUAUAGGCAUAAAAAAAAAAAAGUAUCAAAUUAUCUUUGACUAGCUUUUCUGUUUUUGACGAUUUUUUUUUGACGAUUAUGAUAGGUAUUAAUUAAAAAAGAAAGUUGCAAUAGCAUCAUUAACUCGGUGCAGUUAUGAUGAGCAACUACUGUGCAGAGGUGGUGCAGGAAAAAUUAAAACAAAAUUAUCUAGAAAUUUUUGGACAAUUGUUAAUCAUUCAAAGUAUUUACAGUGGUAUUAAAUGUUUUCUUUGCGUGAGUACUGUGAAGGUCACAGUUUGGAAGAGGUGGAGGGCGUAACAAACUGAGGUCACUCUUUGAUGUUUUUUUAUUUUAUUUUAUAUAUAAAUUAAGCCACUACAAAUAGCCUGCCAAAACGUGUUUAGCUAAAUUAAAGACAUGAACCAAGCAGCCAGCUUGUUUCUCUUGCUUGCCUUCCAUCUACACCUGGAAACUGUGUAGGUACAUAGCAUUUGGUUUGUUGACCGAAAUAGGUUGACUGAUUCCAAUAACCAGUAACACUGUAAUGUCACAAUAAGUUGGAAAGCCACGAUACACAAAAAUGACCUUUUGGUUUUUUUGUCAUAUUUGUGUGCGUAGAACAUUACAUUAUUAUGGAGAAAUUGUUUGUAACCAUAUGGAAUGUACUUUCUUGAACCAAAGUCGAAACAGAAAAAAAUAAAAACUCUGAAAAAGACUA